GUCACUUGCCCUCCCCGCUCGGAGCUGCCGCCGCCGCCACCGCUUGCCUCGUCGGGGCUCCGCCACAGGGGCAGGUGCGGACGGGCUCCUGGUCCGGCCGCCGCCGCUGCCCCGCUCCGGGCCCGGGGCUCCCCCUAGCGCCGCUGAGGAGCCGCCGGCGCGGCUCGAGGAGGGCGGAGGAGCGGGUUGCGAGAGGCUGGAGGCUCGAGCGGAGAAUAGAGGGACAAGAACAGAAUCACCAGCACUGGCUGAAGGUACCUUAACAUGGGGAAUCUUCUUAAAGUUUUGACAUGCACAGACCUUGAGCAGGGGCCAAAUUUUUUCCUUGAUUUUGAAAAUGCCCAGCCUACAGAGUCUGAGAAGGAAAUUUAUAAUCAGGUGAAUGUAGUAUUAAAAGAUGCAGAAGGCAUCUUGGAGGACUUGCAGUCAUAUAGAGGAGCUGGCCAUGAAAUACGAGAGGCAAUCCAGCAUCCAGCAGAUGAGAAGUUGCAAGAGAAGGCAUGGGGUGCAGUUGUUCCACUAGUAGGCAAAUUAAAGAAAUUUUAUGAAUUUUCUCAGAGGUUAGAAGCAGCAUUAAGGGGUCUUCUGGGAGCCUUGACAAGUACCCCAUACUCGCCCACCCAGCAUCUAGAGCGAGAGCAGGCUCUUGCUAAACAGUUUGCAGAAAUUCUUCACUUUACACUCCGGUUUGAUGAACUCAAGAUGACAAAUCCUGCCAUACAGAAUGAUUUCAGCUAUUAUAGAAGAACAUUGAGUCGUAUGAGGAUUAAUAAUGUUCCAGCAGAAGGAGAAAAUGAAGUAAAUAAUGAAUUGGCAAAUCGAAUGUCUUUGUUUUAUGCUGAGGCAACCCCAAUGCUGAAAACCUUAAGUGAUGCCACAACAAAAUUUGUAUCUGAGAAUAAAAAUUUACCAAUAGAAAAUACCACAGAUUGUCUAAGUACCAUGGCUAGUGUAUGCAGAGUCAUGCUUGAAACACCGGAAUACAGAAGCAGAUUUACAAAUGAAGAGACAGUGUCAUUCUGCUUGAGGGUAAUGGUGGGUGUCAUAAUACUCUAUGACCAUGUACAUCCAGUGGGAGCAUUUGCCAAAACUUCAAAAAUUGAUAUGAAAGGUUGUAUCAAAGUUCUUAAGGACCAGCCUCCUAAUAGUGUAGAAGGUCUUCUCAAUGCUCUCAGGUACACAACAAAACAUUUGAAUGAUGAGACUACCUCCAAGCAAAUUAAAUCCAUGCUGCAAUAGCAGUUCUGGAAGAAGCGCCUGCUGUGGACAGACAGUUCUGCAGUGACUGGGAAUGCACAGUUUUUAGGGAUUGCAAUUCCUCUCUCAUUUACUCUUGCUUUGUAUUUCUGUCCUCCGUUCUUCCUCCCUUUUUUAAUCAUGUUCUUGUUCUUAAGACUUCUUUUCUGUGCCAAAAUCAGUAAAGUUAUACUCUGAAGGGACAUUGUCCUUUCAAACGGGCCAUCUAAGGCAGCUAAUUAUGCAUUGCAUUGGGGUCUCUACUGAGAAAAAUUCUGUGACUUGAACUAAAUAUUUUUAAAUGUGGAUUUUUUUUGAAAACUAAUAUUUAAUAUUGCUUCUCCUGCAUGGCAAAACUGCCUAUUCUGCUAUUUAAAAACCCUCAAUGACUUUAUUUUCUACUGCCGCUUUUUUCAUGUGCAGCCAAAAUGAAAAUGUUUAAAUUAACUGUGUUGUACAAAUGGUACCCAACACAAACUUUUUUUAAAUUAGUAAGACUUUUGUUUAAAGUUUUAAGUUUGCAUUUUGACUUUUUUUGUAAGGAUGUAUGUUGUGUGUUUAACCUUUAUUAACUAACGUUAAAAACUGUGAUGUGUGCGUAGAAUAUUACGUAUGCAUGUUCAUGUUUAAAGAAUGGCUGUUGAUGAUAAAAUAAAAAUCAGCUUUCAUUUUUCUAA